AUGCGCGUGUCCAUCGUGCACGUCCCAUCUCCAAACCUGCAAACGUACAGAGGCAGUGCGCUUUGUCCCAUGGGUCAGUGCCCCAUCCGUGAUACGGUUUCAACCCCGUGGUUGUCAACUGUUGAUUGGGCCGUUUCCACGCCUCUCAAUUCAUUCGCUGCCACUUUCACGCCUCGUCAACAAUUGUCUCGCAGUACUCCUUCACUCUCUAGCGUCACCCCAUUUGACCACCAUCGAUUCGUUGGUGUGGAUGUGAGAGACUUGGUUGUGUCCGUUCCUGCGGUCGUGAUUAACGGCAAGGUGGGUGGCUGA